AUGCAGAUCGGUUGUAGAGGCGCCUCUGUGGGGGCACGCCAGGCACUUAGAACGCAGAGGAAGAAACAACAGGCAGAGGCCAUAAGCCAGUACGUGGAAAAGCUAGAGGCCCUGUCCAAGCAUGAAAAGAUUGUGCGGAUUGAUCUGAAUGGAAAGGAGAAGAAAGCGUGCAAGUACUUUUUCCAGAAAAACAAAUAUGUGUACGUGAAGAGCAAGGAGCAGAUUGAGCGAUUCGAUAGGGGAUCCGGGCAGCCAAUCAGCGGUGCAUUGCCCUCCUCAGCGACGUCAGAGAUAAUGCCUAUCAUAAACAUCGUUAACAAUGCCAACGCCACCACCACUGCAAGGGAGCGAAGAUGGCGGCAAUCUGAGAAGGCCCUGAGAGACACGUACGACCUCUCCCAGGAGGAAAUGCUCUACAUGAAGUUUAUCGAAAAAAUUAAAAUGAAAAAUAUUUAUUCUCUCCUGAACAAUAUAAGGAAAAAUAAAUACAUAAAUAAGAAUCAGAGAGAUACCAUUCUGAAUUGCAUCUACAAGUACAUAAGUCGCAACUGCUAUCUGAUGCCAAAAAAGAAUUUUCUCUUCUUCCUCCACAUUUUCCCCCAGCAAAUAAAACAUUCUUCCAGAGCAGUGCACUACCUGAAGAACCUCCUUGACAAAGACGAAAUUACCCUCACAGAGUGUCUUAGGCUGAUAAGCGAAAUAAACCUUUACCAUGUGAACUACCAUGUCAGAGGAAACUACAUCCACUUCAUAAUUCGACAUGCAGAAAAGAUUAGUUUUCAACAAAUAUUGAGAAUUUUAUCCAAAGGUUGCUACCUCUUCGCCAUCACCCCUGACUUCAAAAAGGAGGAGGAACUGCUAGACCAUGUCCUUAAAAAUAAGUUACUUCAAAUUGUAAAGGAAACAAAUAAGGUUCCUCUUGAUGGAGACCUAAAAUGGGACUACCUUCAUUACAUGGAAUGGUGUGCUCGUCGGGAAAAUAUCUACCUACACCUUCUCUUUAACGACCUCUCUGUUCAACUGCAUAGGAAAAUAUUCAUCGAAAACAUCGACACCCUAAAACGGAACCACGAUUAUGAGUACCUACAGAGAGUUUUAACCCUGGGAAGGUACAACCUAUGCAUAAACCAUUUAAAUAAUAUAUUUUUGAACAGAGAUAUGGAAUCCUUCCAUAGGAGGGGGAAGACCACCAAGGUGAAAAUUCUCCCGUCGUACAUUACGGAGGGGAAAAUGAAGGGGGAGAAUGGGUACGGCAUAGUAGACGAAAUAAGCGAAAAAUCUCCUCGCAAUGCACAAGAGGAGAAUGAAUCAAGCAAAGCUGCCCUCCUUCCAUGUGAUGAUUCAGUGAGGACAACUCAGUUUUACCCAGAACAAAUGGAAGAAAGUAACACAUUGAAAAAAAUGAAGUUAGCUUUCUCCUUCUCCACCGCAUUCGAAAAAUUAAAAAGUAACCAAUACGAUCAGUUGAAGCAGACCUAUCAAAUCAAUACGAAAAUUACCGAUAAAAAUGUGAAGAUUCUUUUGAAAUUUCUUCGAAUGCUACAUCAUCACAAUAAUUCAUCUCACUUGGACAACCUUUUUUGUAGAGAUAACCUUCCACAAAUUGUUUCUGAUUUACGGAGGGAAGGGAAAUUUUCAUCUUUCGGUCGUAGACGUGUGUGUAAGACUGACUAUGGAGAGAACUCCCCACUUUGGAGACUAACCCACUGGUGGAAUUCCGAUCAACUCAUGAAUUUUACAGACAAACAGAUACCCUCUUUUUACGACCUAUUUGGGCAUACCGAGGAGGAAGCCUCCCCAAGAGGAGAAAUUCCCCCUAUUCGGGAGAACCCCCUUCUCCAAUGUAAAGUUCUCCUAUCGAAGGAGAUAACCCUAUUAUCAAAUCCAGAAAUCAAGGAGUUGGAGAAAAAGCACAAUAAGGAAGAGAAUAUCUCUAGCAUUCCUCACCCGUCUAACUCAAUCAUUGUUGAUAACCUUCUUCCUACCUUUCAAACAAAGGAUACCAUCUCAUGCAUGGUGAAGAAUAUCUACUUUAACGAACAGUACAGCAGAAAAUGUUUUUACAAAUCGCAGUUAAACUGUCUAGCAAAGUCCUUGCUAUAUAUGAGCAACUCAUUUGUGCAGUAUCAUCAGAUGAGUGACUUAACCCAGGGGGAAGUGAAUCCACGUUGGAAGAACAAUUUACUUCUGGCCCAUGUGGAAAGAACCUUUUACGAAAUUUUCACCUAUGUCAUGAAGAAUGUGUACCUCAUAAACAUAUCCAACUGGUUUCAUAUCUUCAUUGCGAUGGAGAAGUUUGGUAAAACUCCUUCGAUUGAAAUAGGAAAAGGAGGAGAACGACUUCCCUCUAUGAUGGCGAAGCCAAGUGAACAAGACACAUUACCUACUAACCGAAUGAAAAACCUCCUUCAGAUUGUGUACACCCUCCAGGAAUAUCGCUACCAGGAGGUGCGCACCAUUGUAGAGGAAGAAGACACUCGACGUGGUCUCCAAAUUGUGGAGUUCCCCUUUCUAGAGGAUCAAUCCGCAGAAGAUGAUACCCCAGAUGGUGAUACCCCGAACUUCGACACCCUCCACAGAUGCAUUCUCAACAAAUUUAAGAUGCAGAAUGAGGGAGUUAUCACCGCAAGGAAAGAGCCAACAUUUGUACCGCAGGAGACACAUAAUCUGGGAGAGAAAAUCGAUACAGAAUCUCCCACUGUGAAAUAUACUUACGAAAUGGGUACUCCAGCAUGUAUGAUAAAUCUGCAGUGCGCGGUCAACUUCCUCCUUAGUAUGAUAUCCAACUACCUUGAUGGCGCUUCCUUCCAGACGAAGCGAUUCCUAAUAAUUCUGUACCAUUUGAACGGAUCCAUUUUGAAGGAUGCCGCGAUCCAGGCCCACCUGGAAACCAGGUUACACAGAAACCAUUUGAAGUUUCGAAACAGGUACUUCUACAUACACACCGGGUGUGGAAGAAAUCAGCCAACGCUGGAAAAGUCGGUCGUUGCGAAAAUUCGGGCCUCUAAAUUGGCGCUCAAGGGGGGCAGCUCACCCGGUUCAAAUGGUUUGCGUAGCUGCUUGAGUAAGCACACGAAAGAUCUCCAGGAUAAUCACAUGAACGAUCUGUAUACCCAGAUAGAGAAACUAUUCAAUCGGAACAAAAACUGCUUCACGCUAGACGACAUGAUUACUUUCAUCGUGACAUACAGCCUGAACGGCCUUUACCACUCGACGAUAUAUUUUACAAUUUCUAAGUGGCUCCUUCGACACGACUUGACAUCUGUCCCCGAUGAGAUCAAAAUAUUUUUAUUUAUCCUCUUCGGUCAGUGUACACAUGUGUACAAGCCCCUGUACUUUUACCUACUUCGUCUAGUGUUACAAAUAAAAAUUAUUAAUGAACACACUACACUCCCCCUUUUGUGCGCCUUCCUCCACAUGCUUAUCAAUCACGAUGACCGAGCGAAGAAGGUAAGGUUGAAACACCUCCGCUAUGUUGAAAGAAAGUUUUCAUUAAUUCAUUGGCCUUAUUUUUUCCCUAUGGAGUUAUUCCUUUUGAAGAGCGCACAAAAGAUUGCCUCCGGGAGGAUAAGCACCCUGGAGAAUCACUCCAUCAGUGACCAGUCGAUCGGUGGACCAGGAAAUGACACGAAGACGAGUACCACCAGAGCGAGUGGCACACGAAGGAACGCCAAUACUUGUGAGAAAAUGAAUUCAAGAGAACUCACUCUUAAUUUGGACCUUAAUAUGUUCAUGUUCGAGGAAUAUUUGAAGGACAGUCUUCCACAAAUAUUCCAUCUGUUGGAAAAAUGUUCAGUCGGUGGACAGGACCAAGGGAACAAUACCGCCCAUGGGGAAAUGCCCCCCCACCCCCCUCAGGAGCUGCACCUCUUGGAUGAAGAAGCUCAUCAGUUAGUGCUCCAAAAUUGCAAAAAUUUCCUUUCAUACUAUUUCGUGCAGAGAAAUUUUCUGAUAAGCAGGAGGUCGCUGUACUAUUCUAUACUAGUGCAUCUCCAAAGGAAGGGAAUGGACAGAACGUUUUGA